AUGCUGCAGCGCAGUUAUGAUCUGUCGCCCUCGCCGGCACGUACUUCACCCACCAAUGGUGUCCAAAAUCUGGGAGCCGCCCAGCUGCCACCGGUUCAAGUCACUGACUUUAGUAUUAGUAAAAUCCUGGGAAAGGAGCGUAAACCUGCUCAGGAUACGGGCGCGAGUAUCCUGGACCUCUCCAAGAGUAGCAGCAACAGUACAAGUAGUAUUAGGAGUCCUCAACCGGUCGGAGGACUAGCAAUCCCUGCAUCUCCUUAUGGGGGCUACAACAUGUUGCCACCUGAUUUGGUGGCCAUGGCCAAUGCCACCAAAUUCUAUGCCCAAUUCUUCCCGCAUCUACUCCCCGCUUAUGCGGCUGCUGCAGCAGCUGCUGGCCUGAGUACUCCACCCACAUCGCCAUACCAACAACAUCAUCAGCCGCAGCAGCAGCCUUUGCCAAAUCAGCAAAAACGCUUCUUUGCUCCUUAUGUGAUCAAUGGACAGAUUCCACAGCAUCAACAACAGCAGCAGCAGACUCUCAUUCGGCCAAAAAGCACAGCCUGCACUCGACCAGAUUGCCUGGAGUGCCUGGAUUAUUACCAAAGAUUGCAGGCUGGUGGUUACAAGCAGGCCACUCCCCUUAUUUCACCUGCCGCCUCCUCAGUAAGCAGUUCCAGUGGUUCGGUGCGUCCUGUUAGAGAUCUGAUCAUGACAGCCGCAGGAGGAGCCGCAGGAGGAGCCGCCGGCACUAACAUCUCACUGACCACCGUUACCAAUCUGAGUCUGAACUCGGUCCAAACAUCAGCCGUCGGAUUGAUGCCCAAAAUGGCAGGAGGAUUGGUAACCACAGCCGUCGGCAGUAAUAGCGGAGCAAUUGGUGGCGUCGGUGGAUACAAUGCUACAUCAGCCGAGGAGAUCAGCUACAAAUGCAGGAUUUGUGAGAAGGUCUUUGGAUGUUCGGAAACUCUUCAGGCUCAUGAAAAGACUCACAAAUCCCCGCGAUACGAGUGUGCUGAUUGCGGAAAGGGUUUCUCCCAGCUCCGGAACUACAAGUAUCACCUCUCCGUUCAUCGGGGAACCAAGGAGUUUGCCGCUGAGUGUCCCGAAUGUGGUAAGACAUUCAACGACAAGGGAUAUCUCAGUAGCCAUCUAAAGAUUCACCGAAACCGGAAGGAAUACGAGUGUCCAUACUGCCCCAAGUCAUUUAACCAAAGGGUGGCCUUUAAUAUGCAUGUCCGGAUUCACACUGGAGUAAAACCUCACAAAUGCAACGAGUGCGGCAAGAGAUUUUCUAGGAAAAUGCUACUGAAACAGCACAUGAGAACCCACAGUGGGGAAAAACCUUAUCAGUGCUCUGUGUGUGGAAAAUCCUUUGCCGAUCGCAGCAACAUGACCCUGCAUCACCGUCUGCACUCUGGAAUCAAACCCUUUAGUUGCCCCCUGUGUCCCAAGGCCUUCACCAAGAAGCAUCACCUUAAGACCCACCUUAACUACCAUACUGGAUGCAAACCCUAUGUCUGUCCACAUCCCAAUUGCAACCAAGCAUUCACCCAGUCAAGCAACAUGCGGACUCAUGCCAAAAAGUGCCAGUACCGCCCACUAGAUGGAGUCACCUCCUCUGCAGUCUCAGUGCCGGGUAAAGGUCCUCAACAGGUACCACCAUCCUCGUUGGCUUUGGCCAUGGCUCCAACAUUUGUGAUGCCACCACCACCUGGUCCUUUAGCUCCUGGACCACCACCGCCGACUCAACAAACUCUGCUUAGCAAUCUCAGGACAUUCUAAAUCAAU